GACACGCCUAGCCCUCAUUUUAGCCCAGACACCGGGCAGAGAGGAUCUGUCUGCAGCUCCACUAUAUUUACAUUUUUAAGAGGUACCAGCAGUAUGAGUUGUAAGAAGGCCGAAGAUCAAAUCGAUGAGGAAAAUGAAGAUGGUGACUGCAUCAUUGUGAAGGGAGGUGAGACAAACAGAGGGUUAAAAUGGACAAGUCAUACAGAAGAAAAUGCUGGUAUUGUGAAUAAACCAAUAAAUCAGAGAGAUCCUCUGCCUGACAAAUCCUGCCCAACUGCAGGGGAAAGCCUUGUUGUUGCUGGUGAAUUUGAUCAAGAAGAAGCUGAAAUUAAAGAGUAUUUCAGUGAAAAGCCAGGGAAUAGAGUCAAGUUCCGUAUCAACAAAGCCACUUGGGAAAAUGUACAUAAAGGCAGCGAAAGCAGUGAGAGCUCUUUGGAUGAAUCAGAAAGUAAAAUGGAUUUCGACGUGCAAAAAAGAUGUGUUUGUAUUGACUGUGGCAGGAGCUUCAAUUACGUCUCACAUCUUAUUAUCCAUCGACGAUCCCACACUGGGGAGAAACCAUUUGAGUGCGGCAUGUGCGGCAAAUGUUUUGCCAGAAAGUGUUCUCUGGUGAUACAUGAGCGGAUCCACACAGGGGAAAGACCCUACCCAUGUCCCGACUGUGGCAAGAGGUUUACUAGCAGCGCCACACUAACGACACAUAAGCGAAUCCAUACAGGGGAGAGGCCAUAUAUAUGCUGGGAAUGUGGAAAAAGCUUCACCAGUAACUCUUCUCUCUUUCUGCAUAACAGGACUCAUACAGGGGAGAAGCCCUAUGAAUGCAAACAGUGUGGUAAAACAUUUUCAUGCAGCUCUGCUCUUGUGACACACACUCGAACCCACACAGGCGAGAAGCCAUAUACAUGCGCCGAAUGUGGGAAAAGCUUUUUUGAUAACUCGCGGCUCCUUAAACAUCAGGCUACGCACACAGGAGAAUGGGCCUAUAUGUGUACCAUAUGUGGCAAAGGUUUCACUUGUAUCUCCAACCUUAACGUGCACCAGAGGUCACACACGGGAGAACGGCCAUUCUCAUGCGGUCAGUGUGGCAAGAGCUUUACAAAUAACUCAUAUUUGGUCAGACACCAGACAACGCACACUGGAGAGAGACCUUAUCCAUGCCCCGUAUGUGGCAAAACCUUCACUCGCAAGGGACAUGUUGUUACACAUCAAAAAAUACAUACAAAAAUAGACAAAACAAAAGGCUGCCUUUAAAACUGUUUAAAUUUACUGUAAAAAACUACAAAAUAUUGUUGGUUUCCUACGGUGAAAGCUUUUAGACGUUCAAUAAGCUAAAGAAGAGCAAAAAGAGUUAAAUUGUUUAGUUUUUAUACAGGUAUGACCAAAGAAAUGAGCCAACCUUAGGACUAGUUUCAAAAAAUCUGACUACUAUAACCAAAAUAGACUUUUUUUCCUCUUCUUCGGGGCGACUAAUCUCUCUGAACUGCCUUCCUGCCAGCUAGAAUGUAAA